AUGUCUGAAAAGCCCACCACGGACAAGGUAGACUACCCCGCAGCACAGAGCCCAACCACGGCGCGUGAGCUCGACUUUGACGACGACAACGAUGCGCCGACUUCGGCUACCCACGAGACAGUCACAUCGCCUCCUGCCCCGGCGAAGUCACCCAAGCCAGGCGUGCGCUUCACCGACGACACGACAGACAUUCCCCCACCCAAGCCACCGCGACCCAUGUCACCCCAGCAGCAGGCACAGAAUACGUUGAUCGAGGCCUUUCCUGACAUCGACAGCAAUGUCAUCAAGGCUGUGUUGGUCGCUAGCGGCGGCAAGGUCGAGCCUGCCUUCAAUGCGCUGCUGAGCAUGUCGGACCCCAACUUCAAAGCCGAGGAAGCCCCUCCUCCACAGCCCCCGAGGCCACAGCGUACGCAGCUUGAACAGGACGAGAUCUACGCGAGACAGCUCGCAGAACACUACCAGAACCAGGGCGGCCAUUCCAGCCAGGGCCAACGCAGGCAGCAGCAGCCCAGUCAGCGACCGGAUGAAGCCGACCGCGAGCACAGCUUCUUCGAUGACGACCUGCCUGAAAUUCGUAAGAACAUCGAGCAGGGCUUCAAGGAGACGCAGAAGACGGUCACGAGCUGGAUUUCCAACUUCACCAAGAAGCUGGACGGCGACGGCGAGCCCGACGAAUACGAUCGAUAUGGCAACCCCGUCCACCGCGACCAGCAGAGGCCGGGACAGUCGGGGUCGCAGCGGCAAAACUUUGGCCCAUCGCAGUCAGAACAACUUUAUGGCAUUCGCAAGUCGGCGGAACAGCGCCGAUCUGCCGACCACAACCGCUACGACGCAGACAACAGGGUGCUUGGGGACGACUUCGCGCAGUUGGAGAUGAGGGACAACGAUGAUGCGCUAUACCGCAACCCCUCGCCCAACAACCAGCAGAACAGCCAGGGAAAGUCAGGAGGCAAGAAAUGGCAGCCUCUGACUUCGGUUGCGCCUCAUCCCGAGCCUGAGGACCAUGACCCUUUCAGUCUAGGCGAUAGCGACGAUGAAGACAACAAGACCAAGGACACAAACCCUGCUGAUAGCGAGAGGCUGAAGAAGGCCGCUGCGAGUAAGGAAGGCGCCUCAACAGGCGAGCUAAAGCCGGCCGAGCGGAGUGGAAGCAUAGGCCAAACAGACGCCACGGCUGCCGCACUGUUGAAGGAGGCAAAAUAA